ACACUCUCUCUCUCUCUCAAUCUAGUUCUGAUUAGUCUUGCACGUGGAGACGCUUGAGGUUCGGGUCUAAGAUCUGACCCUUCUCCCUAUAUUUCGAUUCGGAUUUUGAGACAUCCUUUUUCAAAAGGGGUCUUCUUCUUCUCUGCACUCUCUCCACACACACUGGUUUUGUGACUUGUUGUUGGAGACAUGGCGGUUGAGGUUGUGGGAUUUGAGAUGGUUCAAGGACCAGGACCAUUUGAGAACGGUGCUGAAGGAGGCAAAUCUGUUUUGCAUGAAAAGGAGAAUGGAAAACUGGACCAAGAUGUGGGAGCUGGUAAGCCCAUCAAGUUCGGGUCACAUGGAGAUGAAUCUGCUGCUAAAGGGGAAGGGAAUGAUGUUUCAGAUUCCAAUGUGCCCAAAGAUGUUGGUGAAGAGUGGCCUGCACCUAAGCAGAUUCAUUCUUUUUAUUUUGUCAGGUGCCGGCCUUAUGAUGAUCCAACCAUCAAAACUAAAAUUGAUCAGUUUGACAAAGAGAUUAGCAAGAUAAAUCAAGGCCGGUUUCAGAUCACUGAAGCUCUGAAGGCAAAGCGGUCAGAUCGUGCAGAGUUGAUUUCUCAGAUUAAGUCUCUUAGAGAUAACAGUAGGCAAUUUCAGAGUAUGGUUGAUGAGAAAAUAAAAGAGAUUGAACCUCUACAGCAGGCACUGGGAAAGCUGCGUACUGCAACUAAUGCCGGUCGGGGUGGCUUAUGCUCAUCUGAGGAGGAACUUAAUGAUGUUAUAUAUAGCUUUCAGUACCGCAUACAACAUGAGAGCAUUUCAUUGGCUGAGGAAAAACAAAUCCUCCGAGAUAUCAAACAGCUUGAGGGGACAAGGGAGAAAGUUGUUGCUAAUGCUGCAAUGAGAGCCAAGUUACAGGACUCUAUGGGGCAGAAAGACACAAUUCAAGAUCAGGUUAAGCUUAUAGGUGGGGAUUUAGAUGGAGUGAAGAAAGAGAGACAAGCAAUUCGAUCCAAAAUCAAGCAAAUUGAUGAGGAGCUGAAAGCCAAUGAAAAGGAUAUCCAGUCUCUACAGGAAGAACUGACAGCUGUCACACAGAAGAGGGAAAAAGCUUUUGAGAGCAUUCAGCAGCUGAGAAAACAGCGCGAUGAAGGGAACUCCUAUUUCUACCAAAGUCGCACACUUAUGAAUAAAGCACGGGAGCUUGCUGCGAAGAAAGAUAUUAACGCUAUUGACGAACUUUCACAGACAGAGGUUGAGAAAUUUAUGUCACUCUGGAAUAGUGACAAAUCUUUUAGGAAUGAUUAUGAGAAGCGAAUGUUGCAAUCAUUGGAUAUGCGGCAGUUGAGUAGGGAUGGACGGAUGAGGAACCCAGAUGAAAAACCACUGCUGGAAGAACCAAAACCUGCUGAAACUGAUGCAUUUUCAAAAGCUAUCCCAAAGCAGCCAAAGGAGGAGCCUAAGCCUUCUCCCCAAGAAACUUUACCUACUCAGAAAGAAUCGAAAAACAAAGUGAGAGAUUUGAAAGCCAAACCGGAUAAGAAGGAUUUAGAGGAAGCUGAUGAAUAUGAAUUUGAAGUUCCCCGAAAGGAGACCCCUCCCAAAGAGCCUGAAAUCGAUCCAGCAAAGCUGAAAGAGAUGAAAAGAGAAGAGGAAAUUGCAAAAGCGAAGCAGGCCUUGGAAAGGAAGAAGAAGUUAGCAGAGAAAGCGGCAGCCAAAGCAGCUCUCAAAGCACAAAAGGAAGCUGAGAAGAAGCUUAAGGACCGCGAGAAGAAGGCAAAGAAGAAAGCUGGAAUUGUGGAGGAACCGGCAGAUGAAGUCGUCGAGGCUCCACAGGAAGAAACCAUCAAUGAUAAUGUUGAAGCGGCAGCUCCUGUGAAGGAGAAGGUCCCAAAGGAGAGUGUUAUCAGGUCCAGGAGUCGAGCGAAAGGCCCAGAUUCUCUUCCAAAAGGUAUUCUCAAGCGGAAAAGGUCUAACAAUUACUGGAUAUGGAUUGCAUCUGCUGCUUUGUUAGUCCUGCUGUUGUCGGUGCUUGGAUACAUCUAUCUUUUCUGAAAAGCUUAGAUCUACAAGAAGGAGCUGUAAACCAAAUUUUCCUAGUGAGUGGCUAAGUAUGUGAGGGUAGGCCAAGUAAUUUCUGUUGUAUACACCUUUUUGGGAGAAUGGACCAAACACGCACUCUGUUAUGCUUAGCUCCUGCUUUAUGGAGAAGCUGUAUACAUUAGCUUGACUUUGUACUUUUUGAAUUUUCAGAUUUCAUGAGAUGUUUUGAAUA